GAAAACAAUGUGUAAAGAUGUAUAGUGCAUUUGAUUUCUUAACGGAUGUCGUCAACAAAGUACCAAACCUUGGUGGCAUAGAAUCCGUUGGUGAUGAGAAGGGAAUAACGCGGAGAAGAAAAGUAGUACAUGAUGGUGAUGUAUUGACAGAAGAUUUAAGGUCUGCUAAGAUGGCAAUGCGAAGCGCAAAUGUGAGUCCUCGCGGGCGCGCGAGAGGCCGGGGACGAGGUCGAGGACGACCGCCUCUAAACCGCACGAUCGAGAAAGGGUCAUCCUACAUGAAAUUUGAGGAUGAAAUCGAGCUCUCGCCGGAGCACGAUGAUCCUGAAGGCGUGAAUGCAGAUACGGAGGUCACGGAAAGGGCGAAGGAGAGCAAGGAUCCAACAGAUACAACAAUCACAAACACCGCAGAUUUGUGUCCAACAAAAGAUUGCUCUGCAUGGCCUCUAUCUGAUGGGGUUGGCAGUCUUGGGAUAGAGCCUGCAAAUAUGGUAAACUUGAACAUGCAAAUGGAUGAGGAUGAAGACUAUGAUAAUGAAGACUGAUGAUGUUUUGUUGGUGAUGGAGAUGAUGAUGUGUAAUUAUUUUUGUGGGUAAUGAAGUUUGUAGAAAUAGAAAUUAGCUUUUUUUUUAAACCAUUUAUUAUGCUUUUUAUAUAUUUUGAUGGCUAUCUUUUCUUUCAUUCGUGCACACACACGAGCAAAUAUUACGUAUGUUCGGCAUAUGUACUUUAAAUGAUGCGAAUACGAGGGGUUGUAAUUUUUCUUUUUUUUUCCUCCGAGCAUCUAAACGUGUAUGUAUACGUGCGUAAUGUCUCGUACACAUUGUUUUUUAUUUAUUUUAUAUUGGUUAAAGCUGAUUGUGUGCAAUCUUGUAAAUUCAA